UGUUUCCAAUUCAUGAGUGUUUUGCCAGCUCGCUUCACAGGCCACCGCUUGGGUGACGCCGCUGCACCCGUUGUCGUCCAGCUCUACAUGGACUACAACUGCCCGUUCUGCAAAAAGUCCUUCCUGAAGUUCGUCGAUGAAGUCAUCCCGCAUUACGACAAGAACUUGCCUGGCAAGGUCCAGUUCUGGCUGAUGCACCAGAUCCAGCCGUGGCACGCACAGUCGCUGCACUUGGCCGAGGCUGCGCUCGCCGUCGAGCGGCUCAACCCGGCCGCCGUGUGGUCGUUCUCGCGCGUGCUCUAUGACAAGAUUGAGCAAUUCUCAGACCGCGCUGUCGUGAACAAGUCGCGCAGCCAGCUGAACGAGGAGCUCGCCGAUCUCGCCGCUGCUGCUCCCAUUGGCGUCGACCGCGCAAAGUUCCUCGAGCUGCUCGCCCUCGUCGGCUCAGACAACAAUGGCAACUCGCUCAUCGGCGAUGUCAAGUGGUGGGUCCGCUAUUCCCGCCAGCUCGGCAUCCACAUGUCGCCCACGGUCCAGGUCAACGGCAUCAUUGAGGCGAGCUACGGCUCUGCCUGGUCGCUCGAGCAAAUCACCGACAUGAUUGCCCCAUUCAUUGCUGGCACUCGCUAAACGAGAACGAGGCUUUGAUGGGAUUUUGAAGGAAAAGCGCGUUGAUCUACCAUUUCGUCGUGUUGCGCUUUGCGUUUCCUACUGUACCCUUUUGUUCCGCGCCCCUCCUGCUCUCGUUCCAGCUGUUCCAAAGUCAAGCUCGUUGAUGAUUUCAUCUCCUCUCUCUCUCAUUGCUGAUGUGGCUGGAUCUGCAUCAUUGUUGAGGGUUUGAAUUUGUUCAGCUCGUUGCUUCAUUGAACAGUUUUUCGUUCCAAAUUUCAAUUGCAGCAACGUUCCUUCGCUCAUUGUCAUUUCCCCCACAGUACAGCGUUAUCUACAAGAGUG